GCCGCAUGAUCCGGUGGUUUGUCCCGGUGCCGACCUCGUAGACACCAUGGUCGACAUGAAAGUGGCGUCGUUUGUGUUGCUGGUGCUCCAGAACACGCUCGGCACGAUCGUGAUCAAGUACUCGCGGGCUACCAAGUACCAUGGUACGACGACGGUGCUGUUGUAUGAGUUGCUGAAGCUCGUACUUUGUCUGAGUGUGGUUGUCGUUCAGAAGCACGGCAACUUUCGCCAUGCCAUCCAAAGCCUUCGCCUCGAGGUCAUUGCGGACACGCAAGGGUACUUGAAAAUGGUGCUCUUGGCCGCACUCUACAGUUUUCAGAACAAUGUGCAGUUGCUCGCGCUUGACCACGUCAGUGCUGCCACGUACGCGAUUGUUUACCAGCUAAAGAUCGUCACGACGGCUGUCUUCAUGGUGGUUUUUCUCAAGCGAUCAUUCCACGUCGUGCAAUGGGUCGCAAUGGUCGUGCUCAUGAUGGGAGUUGUCGUGUGUUCCGUCGGCAACAAGAAAGGCGCGACUUCGUCAGACAAAACGUCGUCCUCUAUGGGCAUCUUUCUGGUCAUCGGACUUGCCGUCAAUUCUGGUGUGGCCGCGGCGUAUUUUGAGAAGGUGCUCAAGACGCACAAACCCGCCAUCUCGUCCGACGUCAUCCUUCGCGACCACACGCCCAUCGACCCCAUGUGGAAAACGAACAUUCAACUCGCAAGCGUGUCGGUGAUCGUGGCGUUUGCGGGAGUCGUUCACACUGCCACGAAUGUUCCCAGCUUUGUCUUUUUCGACGGAUAUACCAAAUUUACAUGGGGCGUCGUGUGGCUGCAAGCGUGUGGCGGUCUCGUUGUGUCUGCCGUCGUUCGGCUGCGUGCUGUCCAACUACCUGUUUGA